AGUCCUCACAAGGAUAGUAAAACAACAAACAUUCAGACAAUUUUGCUGGUCGCCACAAGGGGAAAUUAUAUUUGAGGAUACAGACAGCUGAAGAGCUGUCGUGUAAUGGUAGUGAAAUAGUCAUCAUUGCUUGAAGCGCAUAGUAAAGAAAGCAUGGCUGCCAGUCGGGUACUCGUAUACGGAGGAAGAGGUGCACUGGGUAGCAAAAUUGUUCAGCACUUCAAAUCUAAAGGAUGGUGGGUAGCCAGCAUCGAUAUCGUUGCCAGUGAGGAGGCAAACGCGAACGUGCUGGUGAAGUUGUCCGAGUCAUUUACUGAGCAAGCAGGACAGGUGACAGCAGAUGUGGCCCAGUUGCUAGGGGACCAGAAAGUGGAUGCCAUCUUGUGUGUGGCAGGCGGAUGGGCUGGAGGAAAUUGCAGCUCCAAAGACCUGUACAAAAACACAGACAUGAUGUGGAAGCAGAGUGUGUGGACCUCUACCAUAUCUAGCCAUCUGGCUGCUGUGCACCUGAAGCAGGGUGGACUACUGACUCUGGCUGGGGCUAAAGCAUCACUGGGUGGUACUAGUGGCAUGGUGGGCUAUGGCAUGGCCAAGUCAGCAGUCCACCAGCUCUGUCAGAGUUUAGCAGGAGAAGACAGUGGGAUGCCCCCUGGAGCUGUGGCAGUUGCCAUACUACCGGUAACCUUGGAUACUCCAAUGAACAGGAAGUUCAUGCCUGAUGCAGACUUUGGUUCCUGGACACCACUGGAGUACAUUGCAGAAACUUUCUUCAGUUGGGCCACCGGUGCGGAUCGUCCAGCAUCGGGAAGUCUGAUGCAGCUCACCACCACCGGAGGCAAGACACAGGCCCUACCCACACAAUAAGACACAUUUCCUACCCACAUAAUAAGACACAGGCCCUACCCACACAAUAAGGCACAUUUCCUACCCACACAAUAAGGCACAUUUCCUACCCACACAAUAAGACACAGGCCCUACCCACACAAUAAGACACAGGCCCUACCCACACAAUAAGACACAGGCCCUACCCACACAAUAAGACAUAGAACCUACCCACACAAUAAGACACAGGCCCUACCCACACAAUAAGACACAGGCCCUACCCACGCAAUAAGACACAGGCCCUACCCACACAAUAAGACAUAGAAUCUACCCACACUAUAAGACAUAGGCCCUACACCCCUAAUCAGACACAGGCCCCACCCACAAAAUAAGACACAGGACCUAACAACACAAUAAGACACAGGCCCUACCCACAAAAUAGGAGACUGACCAGACUGACCAGGUGAAUAUAGGUAAAAGCUAUGAUCCCUUAUUGAUGCCACUUGUUAAAUCCACUUCAAUCAGUGUAGAUGAAGGGGAGGAGACUAGUUAAAGAAGGAUGUUUAAGCCUUGAGACAAUUGAGACAAGGAUUGUGUGUGUGUACCGUUCAGAGGGUGAAUGGGCAAUAACAAGUAUUUAAGUGCUUUUGAACGGGGUAUGGUAGUAGGUUUCAGGCGCACCGGUUUGUGUCAGGAACUGCAACACUUAACAGUUUCCCUUGUGUAUCAAAAAUGGUCCACCACCCAAAGGACAUCCAGCCAACUUGACACAACUGUGGGAAGCAUUGGAGUCAACAUGGGCACGCUUUCGACACCUUGUAGAGUCCAUGCAUCGACGAAUUGAGGCUAUUUUGUACAGUCUGUGUAUGUGACCGUAUAGAAAUAUAAGCAAGGUUUGAAAUUAUUAUGUUUUAGUCAAAUAUUAUAUCUGUUUGGACUUCUUGUGGUCGAUUUACCGUCGAUAAAUGGCUGAAUAUAGUUGAUUAUCCCUGGUAUAGAGAGAUGGAGAGGAGGGAGGGGAAGGUAGGAGAGAGGGGACGGUAAGACAAAUAUGCCCACAAUACCAUCUAGUGGUAGAAUGAAUCAGUUGCAGAGGAAACAUGAACCUCAAGUACAUUUACUUAUUUUUAAUUAUUUUGAUCCAGUUUGAGAUUGAUGAAAAUGAGUAAGCCGCUGUCUUAAUGUCAAACGUACAAUACAUUUCAGUGGAGUUGCGAUACUCUGUGUCUUGUGCCGAGUGUACCCAAUAUGCGUGUGAAUGGUUGGUUGAAGAUGUACUGUCUAAGUACUAUUAUCAAUAUCUCAUAACAAUUUUUUUUUUAAUUUUGUGCUGUUUGAUGUGGUUUUACCUCCUCUGUCUCAAUGUGAAUAAAAAUCCACAUUAAUCACAA